AUGAAAAAAGUUGGAGUUAAGUUUACCUAUUUUCAUUUAUUAGCAUUCUUUUUUGUCUUUUCAGCCGAAUCGAAAUAUGAGGAAGUACCACAAGUACCACAGCCAGAAGCCACUCACAAGAUAACCCAUCAUGUACACCUCGGAGUUCAGACGGAUAACAACCCACAGGAAACCUUGGUCCUGGGAAUGUACGGAGAUUUGGUCCCAAAAACCGUGAAGAACUUCCUGGCAUUCUGUACGGGCACCGAGAUCGAAGGAAAAUCAUAUUCAUACGUAAAUGUGCCGUUCCACAGAAUCAUCCCCAACUUUAUGGUCCAGGGGGGAGAUAUCGUCAACAAAAACGGAACGGGCUCCCUGAGCAUUUACGGAGAAUCAUUCGAAGAUGAAAACUUCACAGCCUUACACAAGAGACACGUGAUCGCAAUGGCAAACAGAGGCCCAAACACCAACGGAUCUCAGUUUUAUAUCACAACAGUGGCGACAAGCUGGCUGAACGGACAUCACGUUGUUUUCGGAGAGCUGGUAGAGGGAGAGUACGUGCUUCAAGCAAUUGAAGCAACAGGGUCACAAGCAGGAAUGCCCAGGAAGACGACGCUGAUAAAGUCCUGUAAAGUAGAGGAACUUUAG